GGAGCUUGGGCUACAUAUCCCGGAGACAACCGAGGCAAUGGAUAACCCAAAGGAGCGGGAUCUUGCGCGUCAGGUCUGGAACGGAUGUGUUGUUAUGGAUAGAAUCUGCGCCAUGACGUUCGGCUGCCCCCUCAAAGUCCCUCAAUCUGUCGCAGAACAAGGACUGAAUUCUUUGGUACUCACGUCCAUGGAGCUCUCGGGCGAAAGUGUGACCACAAGUCUGCCCUCAAAAUACAACUUUUAUAUCUCAUUUUGCCGAUUACAUCACAUUAUUUCUGAAGUCCUGGAGACCUUUUAUGUCUCUGGUGAUAGCAGAAGCGAACACCAAACCCGAAGAGAUCUCCAGGGUUCGGGGGGAAGCUUCUCGCUUCUUUUUGACAAAUUCGCAAGCCUGUUUCGCAUCGACUCGGCACUGAAUGACUGGGCCCGUAGUCUGCAUCCGUUCUUUCAACUGCCGUCGGAGCUCCAAGACCCCACGCCAACGAAACACAUCACACGUGAAGCAAACAUCUUACGCGCUCGGUAUCUUUCAGUCCGACUCCUCCUUUUCAGACUCUUGCUUUUACAAAUUCAUCAGCAAAGGACCGAUAAUGCCCCAGGAAACAGCAUAUAUGCGGACGACAACCAGAUCAUGCCUCACGUAGUUUUUCAGUGCCAAGUAAACUGCACAAAAGCGGCAAUUGACAUGAUCGAAUUUAUCGUCCGGAACUCUCCAGAGCAGAAGCAAGCGUACAUUCUACCAUCCAAUUGGUAUACUGUCUCAUAUGUAUACAUGGCAGUAACGAAUCUGCUCGCAGCCCAAUCGUCCCCACAGCUCGUCGAGUGCUUCUCCGCUGAGCGCUUGCAGGAAAUUCUGCAACAGGCUCGAGGGAUCCUCGAAGAUUACGAGAAACAUGAGACGCUCGCUUCUAGAUGUAGUUCUGUUCUUAAACUGGUCGAGCAGAAUAUCGGCAGGCGCGAGUCGGUAGCAGGUCUCGCUUCUUCUGAAGGAUCACAAGUUGCCAGAGGGAAUGAUAAUACAUAUUUGCGCCAUGUUGUAUCUGGAGCUCAGGAGCAUCAGGCUACCAUAGUGGAUCCUUUGGCCAUGGUUGAGAACUAUACCUUCGAUUGGAAUGAGUGGCCUAUGUUCUUUGCACAGCUAGAUGGUGAUAGCGCCCCUGCUGAGGGUUGGGUGAUCUAG